AUGGAUGUAUUGUUCAGUCUGCUUAUAUUUUCUUUAUUUGGAUUUUGUUCUGCAUCGACGACGCCUUCAUACAUAUAUGAAUUGAAAAUUGUGGAAGAUGAAUUUAUUAUCAACUAUCGUCAAUACUUUCCUUUACAAUCACGUCAUCAAUUUCUGACAAGUUUAUUGAACCCACUGAAUAUAAAUUAUAGUAUAUUGGACAGAUGGUAUCCAAAAUUUAAUGAAAAGGAGAAAAUAAGCGAUUUUGAUGUAAUCAAGUUUUUCAAUCUGGACAAAGCUGAUACACAGAAUCUUACGCAAUACUUGUCGAAUGUUAGUUACGUAAAAUCAAUUACUGCACAAAAGCAAAUUAAUCGUGUUCUUCUCAACAAUUAUAAUCACAACGAAGGAUUAAAUUCUAGUCAUUCAAUUUUUGGACGCAAUUUAAAUUUGUUUGACAAUUCACAACGAAAUUCUGCUGCUUCAAGAACUUUACCAUUGGAUUACUUAAAACAGCCAUGGAAAUUGUUAAAUGCAGAGUAUGCUUGGUCACGAGGUUUAUGUGGUAAUGGUGUACGUGUCGGUAUAUUUGAUACUGGAUUAGCGUCACCGGAUCAUCCACACUUUCUUUCAAGUAAUAUCAUUGAACGAACUGAUUGGACAGUGGAGAUGAGUAAUAAAUCUAAUUCAAAAAGCGAUAUUAUAGCCUUAGAUAGACAUGGGCAUGGCACUUAUGUCACUGGUCUUAUUUCUGCACAAAAUCCUGAUUUAUACUGUACAAACUCUGAGGAUAGUUCUUCUUCUUCUUCUACCACUACUACUACUACUGUCAACGAAGAACAAGCCAGCGCUACCACCACUACUUCGACGACGAGUUGUCCACCAUGGGGAUUUGCACCAAAAGCUGAUUUAUUUAUAUUUCGUGUUUUCACUGACCUCCAACUAUCGUAUACUUCAUGGUUUUUGGAUGCAUUCAACUAUGCUAUCAGUCGAAAGCUGCAUGUCAUCAAUCUGAGCAUUGGUGGACCAGAUUUUUUAGAUAAACCAUUUGUUGACAAGGUUUUAGAAUUAUCUGCCAAUGGAAUACUCUUAGUUUCUGCUAUUGGAAAUGAUGGUCCUCUGUUCGGUACACUGAAUAAUCCAGCUGAUCAAAUGGAUGUACUUGGUGUUGGUGGUGUUGAUGCUUUGGGUCGUGUUGCACGUUUUUCAUCUCGUGGAAUGACUGGCUGGGAGUUGCCGACAGGUUAUGGGCGUGUUAAACCAGACAUUGUGACAUUUUCUACUGGUGUAAUCAGUUCUGGUUUAGACGGAAAAUGUCGUGUACUAUCUGGAACGAGUGUAGCUUCGCCGAUUGUUACUGGAGUCGUUAUCUUACUGAUUAAUGCUGCUUUAAAUCAUAAUUCAAACUUACUUGCUGAACAUCAACGAAACACUGUUUACACUACCAACAGCAACACUAGCGAGAACAAUACAAGUCAAGUCGAAGAUGUGAGUGGAUUGUCAUCAUCUUCUUCGUCUCUUUCAUUUGUUCCUAUUAAUCCGAUUAGUAUUAAACAAGCUUUAAUUGCCAGUGCAGAUACAUUGGAUUCAGUACGUGUUUUUGGUACCAAUUCGAUAAAAUGGUUGCAAGAGACAGAUCAAAGUAGUAUAUUUGAACAAGGCGCUGGAUUAGUGAAUCUUCAAUCAGCUUUGGAGACUGUACAACGUAUGAAACCUCAAGCUAGUCUUAUGCCAAGUUAUUUGGAUUUAACUCAAUGUCCAUAUAUGUGGCCAUAUUGUUCUCAGCCGUUAUAUGCUACAAUGCGUCCUAUUGUAAUUAAUGUAACAAUUUUAAACUCUAUGCAUGUGAUUGGUCGUAUCCACCAGAGGCCUGUCUAUCAUCCAUUUAUUAAAGCUGAGGGUUAUAUCAGUCUUGUUGUAGAAUCCUAUGAUCAUAUACGAAAUCAAUCGAUGAGUACAUAUCUUCAACUACCUAUUAAAGCAAAUAUUAUACCUGUCCCGGAUAGAUCGAAACGUAUUCUCUUCGAUCAAUUUCAUAGUAUACACUAUCCAUCAGGAUUUAUUCCUCGAGAUGAUUUAACACGGUCUAAAGAACCACUUGAUUGGUUAGGUGAUCAUAUCCACACAAAUUAUCUUGAUUUGUAUACACAUUUACGUAAAAGGAAUUAUUUCAUUGAAGUGUUAACUUCUUCAUACGAUUGUUUCGAUGCUUCAAAUUAUGGUACAUUACUUUUAAUUGAUCCAGAAGAAGAAUUCUAUCCCCAUGAAGUGAAAAAAUUGUUCAUUGAUGUUACUCAGUACAGCUUGUCGUUAAUUGUCUUUGCAGAUUGGUAUAAUACCAGUGUAAUGCAUAGUCUACGAUUUUUUGAUACAAACACAAGACGUAUAUGGAGUCCAGAUACUGGAGGGUCUAACUUGCCUGGCCUGAAUGACUUGCUUGAACCGUUUGGGAUCGAGUUGGGAGAUUCUGUUUUUGCUGGAAAUUAUGCUAUUGGACAUCGAACUGUCUCAUAUCACUCGGGGACAAGUAUUAAACGCUUUCCUGUACAGAACAUUUCAAAUAUUACCGGUCGAGCUGCACUGUUAAAAACUCAUCUUGUUGAUAUAGGCAGUCAAUUUAUUCAACAUGAUCGUCAGCGGCGGCAAGAUAUCUCUGAAAAUCUUGGACAGUCAUCAUCAUCGUUAGAAAAUGAUAAAAUUCUUAUAAAUUCUGAACCUGUUCUACGUUUAAAACCAAUUAUUAAUGAAGAUCCAACGCCAAGUAUUUUAGGUUUAUGGACACCAAUAGCAGAUAAAAGCAAUGCAGCAGGACGUUUAGCUGUUUACGGGGAUUCAGAUUGUUUAAGUUCAACUCAUUUGAGUUCAAAUUGCUUUUGGUUGUUAGAUGCACUACUGCAAUUCUCUACUAGUUCUCAGGGACGAAUUCCACGAACACUAAUUGAACAGAUGUUUACACCAAGUACAAGUGAAUGGUUUGAUCCUAUGCUGACAACACCGUAUCGGAUAAAAGAUUCUCACCUGAAUAAAUAUAGUAAUGUGAUUCGAAGCGACUGGAACGCAUUAAAUGAUGAGGUUUCUAGCUAUUCACUACCUCUAGAGGCUUAUCGUCCUCUUCAACCGUGUUAUAUCGCGCCAACAGCCUCUGUGAUUGUCGAUAAAACGCUACCGAAUGAGUCAUUACUAUAUCGUCCACAACCUUUACUAUUCUAUCCAUCAGAAUUCUAUCAACCAUUAAAAAAGGCCUACAGCAAUCAGUAUUAUUUUCAAUGCCUAGUAUAUUCUAUCCUUAAAGGGAUUGUCUAUCUUCUUGGCAAUUUCUACUCUAUACUAAAACUGGUUGGUUCACCUGUAAAAAGGUUUUUUAGAAAGACGUCGACUAUGACGAGUACUACAUCGCCAUCAACAACAGUUAGAACAUUAGAAACACCAUCGUUGUUCUAUAAUAAUAAUAAUAAUAAUAAGACAAGACCAUCUCAUCAGAGUGGUCAUCAUAACAGCGCAUCGAAUUUACCCAUAUCUGUACAUAAGUAA